AUGAGGCUAAGUGGAGUGGACCCAGUGGAUAGAUCGGUGCCUUGUCAAAAUGGGCUCUAUGAAGGGUCAUACGGAGACAGACCUCCCGGUUAUGUGGAAUUGCUCCAACCUUCUCAUGUCUCUAAUUAUGCAUGCCACCAACAAAGGCCACCUGGUGGAAACCGGGGAAGCUCCAAUCAUGCUCAUAUCCAAGAGCGCCCUAUCAUUUUCCCUUCAAGUCUUGGGAAUGCAGAACAGCCAGACAGGGAUAUCUGCUCGGGCCGCAUAGCGGCCCCAACGCCAGAGGAGUUCGAUAACCAGAGCUCCCCCUGCUCGGAGUUUAACACAAACACAAAUACAAUACAACCCUCCAGUCCAACCACUGAUACAGCACUGCCUGCAUCCAGUCUGGUCCUCUCACGCCAAGGCGAAGUGACGCCUAUCCACCUUAUGACCGAUGAUGAGGCGUUCAGCAAAAGUAGCCUGGCCACCUGCGACGACAUAACAUUCUCGCCAAAUACUAAAAGACUUCUCGAGAGCUGCAAAACAAAUCUUGGAGGAUUCCUGCAAGCUAUCAAAGAAGCAAAGGUGUCUCUCCCAACCGGCCAGGGUUGGGAAGCCGCGAUUGCCACGAAGAAAGAAAACGUUGACAUUCGCGAUCUUUUGAAGAUUUACCACAGAUUUGAGUGUCAUAAUAUCUACAGACAUGUUGUGGAGGCAGAGUAUCACACUGGCACACAUUGGAUUCGGGAUAUGCGUACAUCAUUGGCGAACAAACUUUGCCGGGACUUUCCUGAGCGUUUCCAGGACCAGAAAGCGGCUAAUAAAUGUUUGAACUGGGUUGAUCAAGGCUGCAGAUAUCAAGAAUGGGCCGAAAUGUUUAAAGAAAAGACAGACCUUGGGUAUCUUAUUGCAUUGCCUUCAGAUGUGUCUCACUCAGCGUUCGUUCCCUUCCUUUCCCUCCCUGAGAACAUGGUCUCACGAAGACUCCCAGGUACACAUCAAGAUGCACAAAAGAUCAAAUGA